AUGGCCACAACUACCGCGCGACCCGUCACCCUCCUCUCGACUGUUCUCCUCAUAUACCCUGCAACAUUAUUACUCGGGUCUUUGUACUCAACCAUAUCCCCAACAGCGCGCCAUUCCAGAGAUUUGUCCGGCUCUUCCCCACAUCCUGCAAGCCCUAUGGCCCCAUCCCUGGCUGCAGACCUGCACCUAUCCGAAAGCCCUGUCAACUACUUCGCUCGAAAGAAUAAUAUCUUCAAUAUCUACUUCGUAAAAGUCGGAUGGCUAUGGACCACAGCUGCCUUUGUUUCGCUCCUCAUAUUCCAACCCCUCUACUCUUCAUCUCGCCGGGAAUCCUCCUCACAGCAAGAAGCACGUUUCCGACGCACCCUCCAAGCCAUUCUACGCUACGCACUCGCGACAACAAUAUGGUACCUUGCAACACAAUGGUUCUUCGGGCCGGCAAUCAUUGAUCGCGGUUUCGUGGCCACAGGCGGCAAAUGUGAACAGGCUCUCGAGGAAGUCGGGAAGAUGGCCGCUGGGCAGAGUAGCCCAACCGACCUGGAAACAUUAUUCACAGCAGCCACGUGCAAAACCGCUGGUGGUGCAUGGAGAGGUGGACAUGAUAUCAGUGGACAUGUGCUGAUGCUGGUUCUGGCCACAGGGCUCCUCGCAUUUGAGGCGGUCGGGGCUAGCGCACGCGCACCCGCAUGUUUGUCACGUUCUGGUCCCGCUGGGGACGCGGGACGUGAGCGCAAGGCCAGUGAUGCUGAUAGUACUCCGGUGGUCGAUUCAACCGAGACUGGCGGGUUCGCGAGAACGUGGUCACUCCGUCUUGUUUGGGGUGUUGUUGGCCUGGACUGGUGGAUGCUCUUCAUGACCGCGAUCUGGUUUCACACUUGGUUAGAAAAGUGGUCUGGUCUGUUCAUUGCUUUGAGUGCUGUGUAUGCCAUCUAUAUUCUUCCGAGACGGAUAGCACCAUUGAGAGACGUGGUUGGACUUCCGGGAGUAUAG